AUGACCUUCGGGCGCAGCGGGGCGGCCUCGGUGGUGCUGAACGUGGGCGGCGCCCGGUACUCGCUGUCCCGGGAGCUGCUGAAGGACUUCCCGCUGCGCCGCGUGAGCCGGCUGCACGGCUGCCGCUCGGAGCGCGACGUGCUGGAGGUGUGCGACGACUACGACCGCGAGCGCAACGAGUACUUCUUCGACCGGCACUCGGAGGCCUUCGGCUUCAUCCUGCUCUACGUGCGCGGCCACGGCAAGCUGCGCUUCGCGCCGCGGAUGUGCGAGCUCUCCUUUUACAACGAGAUGAUCUACUGGGGCCUAGAGGGCGCGCACCUAGAGUACUGCUGCCAGCGCCGCCUCGACGACCGCAUGUCGGACACCUACACCUUCUACUCGGCCGACGAACCCGGCGUCCUGGGCCGCGACGAGGGGCGACCGGGCGGUGCCGACGCGGCCCCUUCUAGGCGCUGGCUCGAGCGCAUGCGGCGGACCUUCGAGGAGCCCACGUCGUCUCUGGCCGCUCAGAUCUUGGCCAGCGUGUCGGUAGUGUUCGUGAUCGUGUCCAUGGUCGUGCUGUGCGCCAGCACACUGCCCGACUGGCGCAACGCGGCGGCCGACAACCGCAGCCUGGAUGACCGGAGCAGGUACUCCGCCGUCCCUGGGAGGGAGCCCUCCGGGAUAAUUGAAGCUAUCUGCAUAGGUUGGUUCACUGCAGAGUGCAUCGUGAGGUUCAUCGUCUCCAAAAACAAGUGUGAGUUUGUCAAGAGACCCCUGAACAUCAUUGAUUUACUGGCAAUCACUCCGUAUUACAUCUCCGUGUUAAUGACAGUUUUUACGGGCGAGAACUCUCAACUCCAGAGGGCUGGAGUCACCUUGAGGGUGCUUAGAAUGAUGAGGAUUUUUUGGGUGAUUAAGCUUGCCCGUCACUUCAUUGGUCUCCAGACGCUUGGUUUGACUCUCAAACGAUGUUAUCGAGAGAUGGUUAUGUUACUUGUCUUCAUUUGUGUUGCCAUGGCAAUCUUUAGUGCACUUUCUCAGCUUCUUGAACAUGGGUUGGACCUGGAAACAUCCAACAAGGACUUCGCCAGCAUCCCUGCUGCCUGCUGUUACUCAUCUUUCUGUGCACCUGGUGACUGCAGGCCUGAUAAAGUCCAUGGAGGUAAGAAAGAAGAUGAACAUCUUUUCAUUUUUAGUAAUCUAAACCUAGAUUAAAAAGCAUUUUGACAUGUAAAGAUUUUUAUGGGAAAAAUUAAUGUGUGUGUGUGUGUGUGUGUGCAGGUAGAGAUAGCAGGUGGUUGAAUAAAUAUGUAUUGGUUUUAACCAUUAUUUCUUAUUGACCUUAUUCUCAAUGGGAAUAGUGAUUCAGAUGUGUGUGUGGCCAGUUCUAUUACUUCCACUGUGUACUCAUAACUAGUGCUAACUGUCAAUAUUAUUGGCCAUUGCAUAGACCAUGGAGGAAUCAGACGUACUGUAUUAAACAAGAGGGAAGGUAAUUUGGAUAGGAAAGACUGUAUUAUAUAUAGUGUUGGGAUUCAGGUAAUUUUGUUGUUUGGUAGCUCUUUGGGGAAUGAUGGUUUAAAUGGACAUAGUUUCUAUCUUCUAAUAAAAAGAUUGUUCAAAUCAGCUCAAUAUAUGUGGCACAAUUUUGUUGUCUUCUACUUUAAUAUGGGACUAGUAAAAUGUGCAAUCAUGUGGAUCAUAGCUUUUCUUACUCAGCUGUGCAAUGUAUGUAUUUAUGUUAGAUCUUUAAUAGUACCUAAAAUGUGCAUCAAAUAUUUAAUUCAUUAGUGGUUGAAGCUUUUUAGCAUCUUUAAUCCUUAAGGAAAUAUUUUAUUAAAAAAUUAGCUUUGUUAUGAUAUAAAUAUGUUGUAUGUACAUCUGAAAAUAAUCUGUACAGCCUGAACAUUGAAAUAGUUAAUAAAUUUUGACUUUGAGAACCACCUACAGCUGCUCCUAAGUACAUGUUACUAUCUGUUGAGUUGACUUCAUUAACUAGUGUAAUUCAUUCUUGGUGGACUUACUUCCCUUUUGUUCUGAACCAAAACUUCACUUGGCAAUAAACUAA